AUGAGACACAACCUGGUGUGUCAGACACCUCCCAAUGUCACUGUUCAUGUAAAAUCGAGUGCAUCCAGAUCACACCAGCAAAAAAAUCUUAUUAGACUAAAGCGGCCUACUUUUAAAGACCAUGAAGAAAAAUGUGAAAAAAAGGUUCCUAGUCAUAAAUAUAAAUGUCCAAAGGGACCAUGUCUAGUUAUUCAGCGUCAGGAAAUGACAGCUUUCUUUAAAUUAUUUGAUGAUGAUCUUAUCCAAGACUUCCUUUGGAUGGACUGUUGCUGUAAAAUUGCAGACAAGUAUCUCUUGGCAAUGACUUUCGUUUAUUUCAAGAGGGCUAACUUCACAAUAAAUGAGCAUACCAGAAUCAAUUUCUUUGUCGCUCUGUAUCUGGCAAAUACAGUUGAAGAAGACGAUGAAGAAUCAAAGUAUGACAUUUUCCCAUGGGCUUUAGGAAAAGCCUGGAGAAAGCUCUUCCCUGAUUUCUUAAAGUUAAGAGAUCAACUAUGGAGUAGAAUUGACUACAGGGCUAUUGUAAGCAGACGCUGCUGUGAAGAGGUGAUGGCUAUUGCUCCAACACAUUACGCAUGGCAGCGAGAACGUUCUGUGCACCACAGCGGAGCUGUGAGAAACUACAAUGAAGUACAGCUGCCCCGAGGACCUAGUGUUACUCCUACCGACUGCUUGCUUUGUGGUAAGAAAGGAAGAUUUGUACGACUAGGAUUAUCAUCAUCUUCCUCCUCAUCUACUGGCACUUUGGAGAUGAUGGAAUUACAUUCAUCCCAGAAUUUGAAGGACACCUUUCCAACUGAAAAAAUGCUUGUUGACUCUCCUUUUUAUUAUGCCCAAGACUGUCAGAGCCUGUCCAGCAAAAGGAGACGAGGUAGCACCUUCAACCCAGACAAAUCCAUGGAUUGGUUUACAAGCUAUGAAGAGUGA